AUGAAAACCCCUAAAUUUGCUCUCGUUCUUGUUUCCUUUCUUCUCUCUUCAUAUCACCAUCAUCUAUCAACAGCGCAAGGUUCUGCAAAUGACUUGAUUGAUCAAGUAUGUCAGAAAACCAGCAAUCCCACUCUGUGCGAAUCCACCUUGAAGUCAGACCCAGAAAGCGUCGGAGCAGACACCAAAGGGCUCGCUCACAUCAUGUGUGACAAAUCACUGGACAACGCUAACGAGACCUUAAACCGAGUCAUCCCAGAAUUGGUCGGAAAGGCCAGAGAAAAAGCUGUCGCCGACAAGCUCCAGAGUUGUCGUCUGAUCUAUGCCGUGACGGUAACUGGUAUAUCGUCUGCCGCGAGACAGUUAGAUUCUGGUAAGAAUGAUGUUGCCCUUUCUUAUUUGGAGAUUGCUGCUAAUGGUACUGAUUCCUGUGAGAAGGUUUUCACUCUGGUGCCUCCGAAGAUGGCCUCGCCUUUUCCUGAUAGAACCAAGCUUCUCAUGUCUCUCGUUCGUUUAGCUCAAGACAUCGUUCACAUGAUUGUUUGA